UAUAGGUAUACUUACCUGUAGCCCGCGUCUAAGUAAUCAGUAAUGUCAAAAACUCUCGUAAUUCGUACACUAGUAUACCUACUUAUUUGACUUGCUUUAUUUGUGGUUGACGUAUUUAUAAUUCUAACUAUGAGCACUAGUGCGAGUGCAGUGAUCAGGAUUAUCAGGAACCCAUCAGCCGGGACCACACCCACCUUUAAACAGCCCUUCGUAAAACAAUAGAAUAUAUUUCAUAAAUAAUUACUCAUCAAAAAAACCAAAAGGAUCAAUAAAGAACCAGCAAGAUGUCACUCAUGCGAGGUGGCACGAGCUUGUUAAAAAUAGCUCGGCCCGCUAAAGUUGGGAUCGCAUCGGGUUACUGCAUGCGUUCGCUGGUCACAUCGCCAUCCGGAGCCAUCCUACCCGAGCCACAGAAGCCCCGUUUUGGUUACCUGGGAGUUAUAUGUGCCGUUUCGACGGGCCUUUUUAUCGGUGCGACCAUCAGUAAGAACGUGGCUAACUUCUUGGAGGAGAACGAGUUGUUUGUACCCUCUGACGACGAUGACGACGACGAUUAAGACUUAUAGGCACUGCAAGAAUCAUCCAGUAUCCAAUCUGCAAUUCCUUUCCAACAGAAAAAAUAUAGGUACUUUACUCGGAAGACACUAAGCACGUAUCUGUGAACGUCAGCUUUAUUUUUUGUAUGAUUAAUUGUUUCUUGUUUACUUGCUGACUGCAAUGAAGCACACAAAAAGGCUGUAUUUGUGGCAUGUAUAUCAACGUUCACAAAAUCAACAUAAGACAAAUUCUUCAAUAGUCAAAUUUAUUUAUUAAUUUAUAAAUACAAUGUAUGUUAGCGUAAAAACGAUAAUUACGUAAUUUAUUGAUGUGUACAAAUGUUUAUGCUUUGAGCUCAAAUAUAGAUGUAAAUAAAUUAAUCCAUAUUUUACAUUAA